AUGAAUCAACAUCCACUCGAACCAUUCAAUUUCGAUAAGUUUGUCCGGCGUUCCCCUACGCAAGAAAGACCCCCAGUCCACCAAAUACCAUGUCACCCAGAUGCGAACUGGGUUAGCGUCCAAAAGCCACCCCUCUUCUGGGAACCUCUAUCCGCUCAUUCACUUGAGGUCAAACUUGCAGCUAUGAGGGCGGCACUUCUUGCCGGUGCCGACCCAAAUGAAAUGGACCACGAACCGGUCAAUAUUCGCAGCUAUGGCCGCCCACUCCAUUGCGUUGUUCAUAGUAAUGGUCCACAGAAUUACAUGAUAGACAAUAUCCCGCUUAUUGAGCUACUACUCGAAUAUGGCGCUGAUCCCCGUCUACCGGGGCCAGAGGUCUUACCCGUCAAUGCUGGACUGGGAUCUCCAUUACAUCAUGCAAAGCUAUUGGCCACUUUCCCAAACCACGGCUUUGAAGAAUUAUAUGAGUGUGGUUUUUACCAAGAGGCCUAUCGGAUCAUGAAGCAGGCUGCUGACAACUUGGAUGGUAAGUGA